AAGGCUAUGAACGUGAUGAUGCUGUGGGUUUUCUGCGGUUUGUUGGCUUUAACGGAGGCUCAGGAAAUCUGUUACAAUAGAGGUAACUACUCUCAUUGCACUGGCAUCUUUUACUUACAUUAGGCACGUCAAGUUUUAAAUAAGGACACUUGUCAAAUUAAAGUUUGCUGGUAUAUUCAAAAACUGGGCACUAGUCAAGAAAAAAAAAAUCGUAAUUUAUCCCACCAAGCAAAGAGUUUAUUCAAGGAGGACGUUCUAGGUUAAAUACAGCUUCAACGUAACUGAGUAUUUACAAUAAUUAAUGUAUAAUAUAUGAUAAUAUUCUACCCUACUUUGUUCAUUUUUCUUCGAAAUUUCUGAUCCCACGUUUAUUUCAGUCCUGCUAAUGGAGGCCUAGGUUAUUAAAGGCAUUUUAUUAUCACUGCUUCUUAGCAUUUGUUCGAUGACGUGAUGCUACUCUUGUCAUUUCUCUUCAGAUGGAGCGACGGUGAUUGCAGUCAGUUUAAUCAGGCCUAACACCAAACCUCCCCCAGGGACAGAGACACCGAUUAAAGGCACGAUCAAGAUGAUUCAGGUUGAAAACUCAGUUUUUCUUCUUAGCCUGCGUUUUCCUUGUCCUUUUCCUUUCCUCAUGAUGGAACGAGUGCCUUUCACCGUCUGUAUCAGUUCAACGUGCGUCCUUUUAAUCAUUUUUCACCUGCAUUCGCUACAAAUGAAGUGCAUUUUGUUUACAAAAAAUAUAUGGAGACCGUACGCAAUCCACACAAGAAUUGCAUACUACUUGGUCAAGUAUCAUUAUUAUUAUCAUCGUUAUCAACGUCAUCAACAUCAUCGUCAACAACCGCUUAGGUUGUUAACUGCGAGGAUCAUUUCCACUUUCAUCAUCAUCACCGUCAUUAUCAUCAUCAACGUAAUCACUAUCAUCAACGUCAACCUCUACAUCAUCAUCAUCAACAACAACAACAACAACAACAUCCUAAUCAACAGAAACAUCAUCACCAUUAUCAUCAACAAUCAUCAACAGCAGCAGCAAUAGCGUAAACAUCAACAUCAACAACAUAAUCACUAUCAUGUCUAUCAGUUUAUUUUCAUCAAAAUCAAAAACAUCGUCAUGAUCAUUAUCAUUUCGGUGCUGUUGUCAUAAUCACCAUUGUAGAUUAAUUCCUUUCCUUUGCAGAACUAUGGUCGUCCUACCUCUAUGCUAUUGCAGAUAACAGGCCUUCCGCCCAAUACGCCUCACGGUUUCCACAUCCACGAGUUUGGAGACACUGUCACUGAUGGUAGGCUUGAGUGAUAUUUCCAGCUAAAUUUUGCUGCCCCAACAUUACAACCUGCUUUACUUCGCUUUACUUUACUUGGUUACUUCAAGGUCACAUCACAUUUGACAAUAAAGACGUUUCCCGACAAAAGUCUCUAAGGCUAAGAGUGUACCGUUGGCCGCUCACUCAGAUUUAAUGACUGGUCCGUUGGGAUCCACCUCGAAACACAAUGAGAUUCUCUAAAAUGUAUGUUUUGGGUAAUGUGUCCAGGCAACUUGAUCAACAUGUGAGAUAUGGUAUUUCUGAACCAACAAAUUACGGCUAGCAUAUAAUAUUUCUUUCUAAAACUGCGCAAGGCGGCAGUGCGAAAGAUUAAAACUGGAAUAAUGACGAAAUGCUUUAACUGAAGGCAAGGGUAAAAAUAUAAUUUCUUCAUACAAUAGAAACGCAUUAUCCCGUAGUCACAUUUGAGUAUAAUAAUUUGUAUAUAUACAUAUACAUUUCAGGAUGUCAGAGUACCGGAGGUCAUUACAAUCCGUUUAACCACACCCACGGCUCGCUCACUGACCAAGUACGGUAAGGAUUUUUAAUGAGAUAAAAAAUUAACAGUAGGAUAUUUUAAAUCCCAGUACUUUAUGGCUUAGAAAGCGGAGAAUACGCAAGGUUAAGCGCGAAUAAAGAUGGUAAAGAUGCUUCGGAUCUAGAAAGGCAAUCACUUCUUUCCUGGCUUGUUCUGCAAGUCCUACGUUUCCGCGAUGCACAUUGAGGCAAGCCCUUACAUACUUCAAAUUCACCACUGUAAGUUCAAUUAAAAAAAAACAAUUCACCACUAUUAUUUCAACGAAAAAAACAUAGCUGUUUGUAGACAUCGCCUUGCUAUGUCUCUCUCCCUUCAAUCGUGAGAUGAUGCCUAGCCUAGGUACCAACUGAGCAAACACAAUACUGGGGCGUGUUAACUCAGGGAACAGAAGAAGGAGCAUUUCUCUUGUUUGUAUGUACGUAACUAAAUAAAAGAAAGUGGAAUUUUUAGGACAUCUUUUUUUGCAGCCAUGUUGGUGACUUAGGAAACUUAUACACAGACGAAGAUGGUCGAAUCGAUGACGAAGUUGAGGACAAUGUGGUUUCCCUCUUUGGACCUUAUUCUGUCAUUGGAAGAGCAUUUGUGGUAAAGUAAAGAGUGCAACGGGACUCUGCAAAAUGAAGAUGUGGACGGCGGAUAAUAAUAAAUGAAUAAAUAAUGAAUAAGUGAAUUUAUAAGGUAAAUAAAUAAGAACGAUAUAUAAAUAAGAUAAAUAUGAAUAAAACUUAAGAAGUAAAACAUUUACAUAACUUGAUUAAUACAAUGAAGACAUUGAAGACAUCUUCGGAUUACAGACAGAACUCGUGGGAGACAGAGACAGACAGACUGGAAGGACAUGUCGCCGACUGAUAUAUUUAUUUUUAUUAUUUUUAAAUUUCUCAAUUUAUCUUCAAUCAUCUUAAUUUUUCAUCGUAUACCGUACAUUUAUUUAUAUUUAUUUAUUAUUUCCCGUCGUCCGCAUCCGCGUUUUACAGAGUGCCGAAUGUAACAGCACUUAGAAUGUUUAUUAUCUUUGCCUUGUGUUACAGAAUUUUAGACUUUCUGUCUUUUAAUUUGUAGAUUCACCAAAAAAUAGACGACCUUGGGCAAGGAGAAGGGGCAGCCAAGGCGGGGAGCUUAAAGACAGGAAACGCGGGAGCGCGGCUAGGUUGCGGCGUUAUUUUCCACGGAACUUUGAAUUAGCCAAUCAGAAUAAUUAAGCACUGAGAUAACAGUGCGCUAACUUGUUCCAAAAUAACAUCAUUAAAGAUAAACAGAGCAUAACUGAUGUAAAUUAGGAAACUGGUAAUUUGUACUUCACUUUUACAGUUUUGCUCAAUAUUGCAACACUGUACGAAGAAAUUAUUUAGAAAUACCAAUGGCCAGCUGUUUGCAGCGUGUUUAGUGGUGGUGUCCAGCGAAGCCGUUGUCAGUGUUAAGGUGGUGGAUUUCCACUUUCACGUAGAUUUAGAGUCAUGCACGUUUACGGCAAACAGCAAACGUGAGAUUUCUCAAAAUGGAAAAUCAGCAGAUAAAAUCAGCUCAAAACAUUUCUUAUGAAUACAAUUAACGUGAAACUACCAAUAUUUUUGUAGAAGUAAUUUUAACUAAAUAUUUCUAAUAUAGAGGAAAUCAAGGAUGUCUGGUCUCAACGUGAGAUUUGACUUGGCAUUUUUAUUACUACUUAGUUUCGUACAGUACGGCAUGUACGGCACUCCUCAGAUAAAAUUGCCAAUUAGCAAUUUUAUGUGAGGAGUGCCGUACAGCAGCUGUUACUUAUUUUGAUGAAUUCAGCGAAUUUCUGAAUCGAAAAAAAAUAAAUGAAUUGCAUGAAUCGACUGAGUCCAGGUGAUGGAAUGUUUAUAGAGUAGUGGUGUUAAAGCACCAUCCAGAUAUCCGGAGCAAAAUGUUAAGAAUCAAGAACAAGUUCUACCGACAACGUACGUCCGGUUAGCUCAGUUAGAGAGCACCGGUCUGCCGACCGGGAGCCUCGCCCGGGGAGCCUCGCGAGUUCAAACCCCGGCCUGACCAAAAACUAGGGUCAUGAAUAAAAUAAAUAAAUAAACUGGUAAGAUCUUGCUAGCUAUGAUUCAAGAUCUUGUCUUAGUUGAGAUGAUCGCGCGUUAUUAGCCAGUGACGUUCAGCCGUCGGUCUUGUCUCCUUUAUCCUUCUUUUAUUGGUCAAAUCGAAGGAGACGAAAACAAUUAAGAACCCACACUACUGAACAAAAUGGGUCGGGGACGUUUCCCCGGUGGUGUGGUCUACCUUUCAAGCAUCAUGUUGCUGAACGGGUUACACAAUGGACUGAGAGCGGCUGUGCUGCUGACGUCCGAGCUAUAUAUAAUGUAAAGAGGACAGGCCUUUUGUCCUCACCAUCCACGACAUUACAUUGCAUUCAUUCAUUCAAAAUGAAGUUGAUUGGAGAAAAGUUGCCAUAUGAUUUGGGUCUGUAAAAGGUCCCCAAAUUGCUGUCAGAUUAAUUUUUUGGCUUUAAAAAGUCGAGAAAACGUUCUAUUUUUGUGAUUGAUUCCUAUUUAAAAGACAGUGCAUUUACAGCAGUUAAAAGGGAUGCAAAGUUCUAAACAAGGUAUGUGAAAGGGGUACCAUUUGUCAUAGAAGGUAUACGAAAGGCGUACCUUUUCCAUGAAAAAAGGUAUAUAAAACUGGUAAGGGGUUGGACCUCGGGGUGGAGCCUCCGCGUACAUAUAUGUAAUGAGUACCCCCGGGGGUCUACUUGUCGAGUAUGACGGCUUAGGCCUCAGCAAAGAUUCUGACCAGGAGGUCUUCUAAUCUUGUACAUUAAUUGUCGCCGCCCGCCAGGACACGAUCAAUGAACCCUACUCGUAGUAUCUGGUUUCAUUUCUUAGGUUACUCGUUGGAGUCACGAGUAAAAUUAGCUAACGCAGAUUUCGCUUAAGUUUCUUUAACGGCGGAGGUAUUGGCGGAAGCUAUGAGCAUUAUUAUGAGAUAAACAGUUACUUAAGGCUAUGAUAUCUGCACGGUUUUAUUCGUGACUCAGGAUAUUCAGAGACACUUCACCCUCAAUACACGUCUUCGUAAAUAAAAAAUUGUAGUCCUUUAAAUGUUUCGUUGAAUUGUAUUCUUGUCAUGAUUGUUUGUCAAGAGAUCGAUCUGAUCUUUCUUAUCCCUUUGCUUGUUGUUAUUUUCAGUCGUCCGUGAAAACAUUGCAUGCAGGAGUACUUAAAAUGCCGCGUGUAUCAGAUGAAUAUGGUGUUUUAGAAGUAAAAGGCAAACGAAAAUGAUUCUGAGACCUCUUCCUCAUUACCAGCGUUCAUUCACAUACUCGACAGUUCGCAUUGUAAGUUUUGGCGCUUGGCAAAAUUUAGAAUUGGUGGGUCAGACGGGCGAUUUUGUAAAUUGAAUUAAAAAAUAUAUUUUUUUCGAAAGUUUUGCUCAAAGCCCAUUAUUACCCUGCGUACUUGAUGGCAGACUGACCUGACUAAACAGUCCCGUCUAAUGGUGAAUUCUCUAUAUAGAUCGUCCUGAAUAUUGAAUGGGUGCAAUUUGUCUUGUAAGAUUAUUCUUUAACAAACUGCAGAAUUAUAAUUAAAAUAGGGCCGGAAAAAAUAACAUAUAUUCUGUCCGAGGUCUGAAAACAAACAACGCCUGAUAGUUCUGUUUACCUCAAAGAUGGUGUAAAAAGGCUGGUUUACACGCUACCAGACUUAUAGCGAGCCACGCACACGAAAAAUCCGGCCUAAUUUUUAUUUUGGGCUUUCCUUUACACAGAGAGAUAACACCGAUAAAUUAUAACGGGUAAAUUGGCUACCACCGGAGACUAUCGUGUUUUUACGGCCUUUAUAGCAUAAAAUUAUAGAAUAAAACAAGUGAUUUUGCUUGGGAAGAAUUUGUUUCCACACCUUAUCUACUGUGGCCAAAGGUGAUCUCUUUUUAUUAGGUGUACAAAUAAAACUAUUGACCCGAUGUGAGAUUUUAGAAGUUGCUUCAUUCUUGCGCUGUUUGCAAAUUAUUUUUUCUCUUAAGUCAACCAACCCCACCCUUAAACGUCAUAUCGAUCUCCCCAGUUUGAUUUAAAUUAUAAAUUUAUUAACUACAGCUACGCUUUUAGCCCUGGCUAAAUCUAAAUAUCAUUAGCUCGUAAUAGCCAAUGAAAGAAGCGGCGGCGUUUCGCCAAAACAGUCCGGCCCAUACUGCAAUUCGUCACUACGUACACCGACCCAGCCUAAAAAUGUCCAAUACGUCUGGGAAGUAAACUGUUUCGUCAAUUAUGUAGGCACAUUGCGAACCUAAUUCCUAUUGUUAUGGAAAUUUUUUGGGAUUACCUUGCUUGUGGCAUGGCAUUGUGUCUCUGUUUACUGGUCAUUUUGUAUUGUUUCAUGCGUGUGAAUAAUUCAGCCACGCGUGCAAACUAUAUGUCUGAUUUCCCACUCUGGUCAAGAAACAGACAUUCGUUUCUUGAGCUUCUGCUGUUUUGAAGUGAGUAUUUCUUCGUUUGAUGCAUUUCACGGUCUGUUGGUGCCUUUUUUAAACGAUUUAAUAUUUACUUUAAAGUUGUAUUCAGCAUUCAAGGAAAGGCGUCAUAAAGUGUUGUGCAAACCGGCCUUUAAUAUAUUGAUCGUGAUCUUGCAACUCAAGCGUUUGCGAAUGAACAAGGAAGAAAGAGCUCUAAUGCCUCCAAACUUUUGUCUAGAAAGGGAUAGAGUGGUCGCUUCUCAUUAGAACAAGUGAACGAAGUUGCAAGUCAUAGUAAACUUCAUUGUUUUCUUGGUUAACAUAACGUGUGACCGAAUAACCGACUCUAAUUUUGCCAGAGCGUUUUUGAAAUGGCUCUAGAAUUCAGCUACAAGCAAAACAAAUGACACAAUAUUUCAGGAUAUAAAGUACUCCAAAAAUAAAUUAUUUCAAAAUAUAGACUUCCAAAUUAAUUCCCUCGACUCGCAUAAAAUCUGGGCGGGCUGUGACAAUAUUCUUUUUUUAGUGUAUUUUUAUUUGCAAAGGUGGCGUAUCCUGCAAUUGGCAUCUGACACUCUUCGACCUACUGAGCCUGCUAAGCAAACUACUUGACACAUCCAAUAGUGUUGACUAUAAGCUGUUCCCUCUGAAUGUCUGUUUUAAAAAGAAGUGUCAAAAAACAGAGAUACUGGUUUUCACAGCUUAUGAUCAAACUUUAUCAUGUUUUAGAUACAAUAUGCAAUUGCUGUUGCUGUGUGCUUCGCUAACGGUAACAGCAGCUCGUUACGAGGAGACAAUGUGGCGUAAAAGAGGUAACUCAGCUACAAUUAAUACAUUUUUUUACUGUUGUAAAAUAAGGGCCUGUUUACAUGGCGCGGGGGGACCCCAGGUAAGUGAGGUAACCCGCUUUGCAUGGUGGGUAACCCGCCUCUCCACAUGAUCUCUCAUUUUAUUUUGAUUACGUUUACAUGAUAGGUGCAGGGUAACCCGCCGCAUGUUACCUCACCUAUCUGGGGUCCCCCACCUCCAUAUAAACAAGCCGUAAGUCAUUUUGCAUGGAUUUGGUUGCAGCAUAUGCAUAGAGCCACUGCAUUUGCUCUGUGGAAUUUUCUAUCUUUGUCAAGCCUAAAAACAAUUAAAAUGCAGCGGCUACAUGGGUAUGCGGAAAAUGAAUACACAAUUCCUAAUUUCCUGGUCAACUUUUUUUACCAAACGCGUUAAGUCGUUAAAGAAAAACUAUUUUGAAGAUUGAUCACUCCUUUCCUGGUCUGCUCACAUUUAAAUUUAUGCUUUGUUCGUAUCAAGAAAUUGUCUAUUGUACCGCAGCAAAUUCCUCAAAACAAAAGCCUUUUGUCCUAGGUGUUGAUGCCGAAACCACACCGAACAGUCUGUACCAGAAGCAUAUAUAUGUAGAUUUAGCCACGGCUAAAAGCGUAGCUCUAGUUUAUAAAUUUAUAAUUUAAAUCAAACAAUAAACUUGUAAUCCACAAAUCGGUUGACCAAGUAUAUGUAUAGACGGCUGUUACAAUAAUCGAUACAUCAUAUUAUUAGUGUAUGAACUAAUGUUUGUGUUGCUUAAUUAAGUACUUUCUUAUACCCCUGACAUUUAUAAGAUGGUAUUAAGAGAAGCGGCUUUACAUGUAUUAUUCAUGUGAACCUGUAGGCUGAGAGUAGUGUCAAUCCAAGUUCCUAAUUUCUAACGGCGGAAACAAUGGGAACACGAGCCUUCCCAACUGUAAGACUGAUUGUUUUCGAAUUUGAUUCUCUGCUUGUCUUGAUACGUGUUGUUUGUUAAGAUGUAGUCAUGGCGACUGCAGUGAGUGCAAUAAUGCCUAACACCAAACCUCCUCCUGGUACUGAAACUCCCGUGGUAGGAACAGUCUGGAUGAAGCAGGUAUUUUUUUUAAAGUCUACAAAAAUAUUUUAGCUCAUUUUCUGUGUAUAGCCAAACCUGCAUAAUAUAAAAUUUUUACGUGGAACCCCAUGUUGUACCCCUUUUGUUAAUCUUCUAUCUUUUGCAUCUCAAUGGAACGGGAUCUGGAAGGGUGGGUCCAGAUCCCGCACUCUCGCUCCUUUGUCAAGACAAUCCCGCACGCCCAACAUCUGUCAUAUGUACCCCGAAAACCGUUAAACACAUUAUUCUUCCAAAUUUGGUCAUCAGUCACUGGUUUUGGUGAAUUAUGCGUGUGCUUUUAGCCAAUCAGAAUUGGGAAAAUAUUUUGAAUGAAUAAUAACAUUUUUUAACUUUCCAAGUGCUUAAUAUAAUAUCUCGAUACACAAUGCAUGCACAGCCGUGGAAGAAUGAGCCAAUGUUACAACAACAUUAUUACAAAUACGUUUAUCGCAUAAAAAAGGAAAAGGAAACGAAGAAAUAUAUACAACAGAGAAAAUAAAACAACUAAGCCGAGUGUCGAACCUGGACCAUCUGCACGGUAGGUCGGCUCCAGGACAACAGCGCCACGCUGCCAAGGAUAACAAUGAAUUUCGACCCUUGUCCCUUCAAGCCCAUCUUGUAUAGCAACCACAUGGCAGGGUCCGCCUUCUUGAAAAUUUGUUGAAUCAGCAGAAGGUAAGAAAUUGCCUAUUUUUUCGCCGAUACCCUCAUAUUAUCUUUUUAUCGGUUUCUAGUAUUAGUAGUUUGUCUUACAAUGACCUAUUUUAAAGAUCUUUAUAGACCAUUUGACAUAAACAUGUUUUUAAACAAACUAAGUUAAAAAAAACGAACACAUAAUGAUCAAGUACUAUUAAAAGUGAAUACGUAAUGAGCUCUGAAAGAGAAAAUCGCAUACGUUACAGCAGCAUGAAACUUGUGUUAUUUUGCUGAAGAGAUUUGAAAAGCAGAAUAUUGCCUCUUUUACUAUAUACUGUUUAUGAUGCUCAUUCUUGCCAUGGUUGAUGUACAGGCCAGGCAAUGGCAGGAAAAGCAACAUUUUCUGUUCAGUACUGUACAAUCAUCCCAUCUAAGAAAACGACAGCGCCGACAACUUCCAAACUGGGGUAAAUGUUUCUGUCAUGUACAAGAUGAGCCAGGGACGUUAACUGACUUUUCAGAUAAAAAAGUUGGCUAAGAUUUCAAUCAUGAGCCAAGGAACAGAGAGAUGUUAUGUGGACCGAGACGAAGGGUUUCUGGAGGAAGGGCCGAAGAGCAAAUAUCACAGACGAUGUUAUGAAGUAUACAAUGAUAAGGAGUGUUUAGGGGCAGCGUCGAAGUGUUUUCAUCGAAGACCUUCUCGAAGAUAAUGACAGUUAUGAUUCUAACACCAAGCCUCGCCCAGCGAAACGUAUCGAUUGCUCUAUUUUAAGGUCCCAGGCUAUUUGCCAAUGACAUAAAACAAUGCUUACGAAGAAAAAAGGAGCAAGUUUAAAAACGACAACCACCGGGAGUGCUUCCUACUAAAUUUUAAACUUAAGAGCGAAUCCAUACAAAAAUCGACCAAAAUCGCCGAUUCGUGGCAAGGCUCAAAAAAUCAAAAUCGCUCUUCUUUUGCAGACUGGUAGACAUUAGUAAGUAUACAAACGCUAUGUAGUUUUUUCUUCGAAAGAUCUGUUCGUUUCCGAGAAAAACAAAAAAAACCGUUUCAAGCCCCACCGUCGAUUUCGCAAGCCAAAAACAGGGUUGAAAUUCAUCAUGAUUCGCUGGGCUCGCGUUCCAAUACAGCCGCGCUAGGAAAAAAACUUAUUGCUAAAAUUUUAAGUUUAACUCGUCGUUGAUCAAAAUGUAUAAUAUUUUUAGCAUUACAACAGUCUAAGUAAUUAUAAAAAUGCUAAAGCGUACGACUACCUGAUGGUUAGCCACGAAAGGGCGUUGAAAACAGCGACGAUUUUCAUCAUGUGCCUUUGAUCAGAAUUUUUUCCGAUUGCAGGCAAAUACACUACAGGCAUCAAACUAUUAUGUUAUGCAAAAAUUAUUUUGGGGAAAUCAUUCUGAGCUUCUCAGAAAUUAUUUGAAAAUCGUUUUACAGACAACAUAAAGUAACGCCAUCUUUAACAUAUGCGUGACCAUCGUCAGUCGACCAGGCAAAGGUCAUGAAACGUCUCUCGGAAAAAGUCUUGGUAAUAUACACGCACAAAGUUCUAAAUGUUAAAGUACUCACCCUGUUCUUUGUUUCAGGUCUAGUUUUACGGCAAAAUGUAAAAUGUUUCCCGUUGCCAUCUGUUCAAAUUCUAUAUUAAACUCUGUUUGAGACUAUAACCAACACGCAUAAACUUAGGGACUGUUUGAGACAAAAAAAAAAAUUCAUAAAUGAAAAAAAAAUUCACGCAAUAAACCCUAAGAAAUAUUCAUGCAAGGGCCUUUCAUAACGAAACAAAAAAAAUUCCUUCGAAAACUCCCCCCCCCAUAACUUUUCUAAUGGUCCGUCCCUUAGUAAACACGUAGUAAACCCUCACUUCCUUAUCUGUCAACAACUUUUGUCUCAAAAUGCUGCUAGACACCGCAGAAGGAAGCGCCAAUCUGAAGGAUAAAGCGCCCAUGCGAACGUUUUGUGACUCAGUAUGCAAAUUACUGUCAACAGUAAUAUCAGAUUACAGCUGUCAAGAUCCCAGUGCCCGGGGUCUGGAUCCGCUAAAAGCAGGCGAAAAGCAAACGUACAACCUGGUAUAAUAUAAAAUUUGUGAAAAUGAAGAAUUUAAUUGGUAGCCUCAUGCAAUGAAGAUUUUCAUUGCUUCGAGACGUGGGCAUUAUCAAAUCAACAGAUGUCUUAACAAAAAAUUGUGUACAUGUUUUCUUCCCAUCUUCACAGAUGGAACUUCCAGUUGUUGGCUGCACGUGGGCAAUCCUGGCCUGCACGUGCGGUAUUUCAGAGUGCCUUCUUAGGGCCUGUUUACAUGGAGUGGGGGACCCCGGUUUAGUGGGGUAAGUUUCUUUUGUUUUCACGCUCUGGGGGACACAAAACAAAAGAAACUUACCCCACUAGACCGGGGUCCGCCACUCCAUGUAAACAGGGUCUUAGACCCAAAAGACCACCCACUACACAAGAUUUUCAACAGACACACGCUAAAACUAAGCUACUCAUGCAUGCCUAACAUGAAAUCUGUCAUCUCGUCACACAACAAGUACGUUCUUUCAAAUUUCAACUCACCAACGCAACAACCUGACACCUGCAAUUGCAGAAAGAAACCAGAUUGUCCACUCGAAGGAAAAUGCCUCCAAUCAAAUGUAAUCUACCAAGCCACUGUAACUACAGCGACGACAACUGAAACUUACGUCGGACUGGCAACAAACUUUAAGGAACGUUACAGAAACCAUCAGUCCUCCUUUCGACGCUCGAACAGAAGAAAUGAAACGGAACUAUCAAAAUAUAUUUGGACUUUACAAGACUCUAACAAACCUUUCCAGAUAAAAUGGAAAGUUGUAAAGAAAUGUAAAGCCUAUAGCAACAUUAGCAAAAAAUGUAAUCUUUGUCUUUAUGAAAAGUUUAUCAUCAUUUGUAAAAAAGAGCUUUGUAGCCUAAACAGGCGAAACGAACUAGCGAGUUCAUGCCCCCACAGAAACAGAUAUGUACUUCAGAACUCUAGAGUAACGUAACUAAGACACAAUCCAUCUGUUACCUAGAUACUAUCUCUUAACGCAUCCCUAUAUUUACUGCCAGCUUUUAAUUUUAAUUUUAACGGUCAAUCGUUGAAGUUGCCUGAUGAGUGUGGUCCUACAAUUUCGGACCAUACGAAACAGCACUGUCGCAAUAAACGAUCAAUGAUUACUCCUGAAGCCUGAACUCCAGUGAUUAUUAAUAUAUAUAUAUAUAUAUAUCUAGCCGGAUUUAUGAAAACCGUAACAUCGGACACCAGGAGCCCACACACCUUAAACUGACUCAACUAAAGUAAAUAUCGCCAAGAAACUCAGCUCUUACCCGUGGUUCUCUUAAGGUGACUCUCUUCUUGGUUCCUGAUUAGCAAAAGAAACAUUCAAGUCCAUCAAAAAGACACUCUGGACUUGUCCAUACACUCUAGCUGCUUAAAGGCCCUGAAUGACGGAGGACGCUUGAGACUUCAGCAAGUUCUAAGCAGAGAAUUCAAGGUUAAGUCACCCCACCUGACUUCCUCCACCCCCCCCAGCCUAGCACGUGCUUGAGGGGAAUGCUUUCAUUGGCCAAUGGGCCUCAAACGUCACAAGAAUUUCACAUGACAAACUAAAGGCAGACGUGACCAGUGCACUGACUCUCCCAGACCAGGACUAACGGAAGGUACAACGCUUUUGCAGCAGUCUCCCCCCGCUAGGGAUUGACGUGGAGGCCCCUUUCCAACCCAUGGCGAGUUAGCUCAGGGACUGAACUUGACAAUGAGACCAAGCAGGACAGCAAGCCCCCUAUGUUUUCUCUCAGCGCAGUGACCAGAAAGCUGGCUAUGGCCAGCUUUCUGUGCGAAUAUUCUGGUGCAUUUUCAGGUAGGUUUUCAAAAAUUCGGCUAGAUAUAUAUAUUUAACAAUUACUCUUUGAAAUCGAGGUGAAUAGUGGCAAAAUAUUUACCGAGCCGCGAAAGCGGCGAGGUAAAUAUUCCCAAAGCCACUAUUCACCGAGAUUGAGAAGAAUAAUUGUUUUAGUAUAUACACACGAAGUGAUCUCAACAAAAUCAGAAAGGAAACCAUUCAAAAGUAGGAUUUGAUUGACAGAUCAAAUCACGCGUAAGUUUAAAAAUAGAUCUUUGCAGAAUUUUCAAACAUGGCAAUUCACAAGUUUACUCAUUUCGCAAACAACAGCGUAAUGGCUUCAAUGGAAUCGCUAAAAGUUUGAACUGUUUCCUUACCUGAGAAAAAAAGUGGAGCUGUGUUGUUUUCUGUUGACUCGCCAAGUUUAUAGCCAAAAGGGCAUGUUGUGUCGUUCUUCGCAUGAAGUGCUGACAAAAAUGGCGGCUCGGUUGCUCGAGGUAAGAGGUCGUCUUCCUGUAUCAUUCUUUUUCCUGUUUACUUGAAAUGUAGAAUUUCUGCAAACAUUUCCUUUUAAAUUUGUUUGUCAUAAAUAAACUUCGAUUUUUGAGCCAAAAUUUUCUUCUUAGAAAACGCUGAGUUCACGAAACGGCUUCUUCUACGCGAAUACACGGGAGUUGUAAACAAUCCAUCGACCACAAAACUCCUGCUACAGUAAAUUGAAAAACGCCGUAUUGAAUCCUUCCAAGUCUUUUCUUGCCUUAAAAAAAGUCAGCCCUAGGAUUUUGUCGACUUUUAAAAGAUCGUUCUCUAAAAAAAACGGGAAAAACACCGAGCUCACACAGUAUCCACUCGCUAGUAGGUGAUUAUUAAAAACUGAAUCAUUGGAUAAUGCAAUUCUAGCAUUUUGAUUGGCUUAGCCGUUAUGGGAUAUGAGCUAAUAUACCAUGUUCUCCAUAUAUGGUCGGUGUACGCGUCAGUUUAAAAUUGGAAGCUAGCUGAGAUGAGAUUUUUUUUCGCGAAGGAUAGAACGGCGCCCGAAGCAAAUCGUUGUAAUUCAUUUCUUAGAAUACUAGAAAUGCAAUUUCAACGAAAGAAAAAAGACAAAAACAAACAAAAAAGCCACAAGAGCUUGUUUGAAAGUUUGUCGAAAAACACAUGAAAACACAUGGAACUAAGGUACCUUGACCAGCUACGAAAGAAGACAAGUGUUGUUUCUUCAUGAUCCCGAAGCCAUUCGCCGAUCGAGUCACUCGCCGAUAGAUAACUGCAGCUUGUUUAUCCGACAUCAAGAAUAUAAAUCACAAGUAACCAGCUACAAAUACAGGCUAUGCAGCCAUUCACUAGAGCAAUCGAGGCGGCAGUAUAGCUUCUUUUCUCGUUCAGCAAAACCAGCUUGUGGCUUCAAACAACUUCAUAACAAGCGACCGAGGUAAUACCGGUAGUUUUUCUCCGUUGUUCUUACUUUUAUAACUGCAUCGAAAAUCCAAAUUCAUAGUAAUUUCGACGGCUGUCACUUAAAAAUUCCUUUCCUUCACAUUAUCUGCCAGGUUUUUUAAGCUGUUCUGCUGUGUAAAAUCCUAGAAUCACGAUGAGUUUUUAAAAAACUAAUGUUCAUCUCACAAUGUUUUGAUUUUUCAUUCAUGCAGUCCAGGCGAGUCCGUUCGCGCGUUGACAGUUUUGAUAGACGUGUGACAUGUCAAUAGCGGAAGUCCCUUGUCUUUUCCGGUUUGUUCAAGUCGGGGCGAUUCAACGAGAUUUUGUGGGCGUUUUUAAUAAAACAAUUAUUCCACUCGGGCUUGUUGGAUAUGACAUGAUUAUAGCCAACUCGGCGCUAUGCGCCUCGUUGGCUAUCUAUCAUCUUAUAUCCAACGCGCCCUCGUGGAAUAAUUGUUAAAUAGUCCGAGAUAGCGAACCAAUCAGAUUGCUUAAAUCACCAAGAUCACUGAGUGUGUAUAUACUAAUUAACAAUUAUUCUUUGAAAUCGAGGUGAAUAGUGGCAAAAUAUUUACCGAGCCGCGAAAGCGGCGAGGUAAAUAUUCCCAAAGCCACUAUUCACCGAGAUUGAGAAGAAUAAUUGUUUUAGUAUAUACACACGAAGUGAUCUCAACAAAAUCAGAAAGGAAACCAUUCAAAAGUAGGAUUUGAUUGACAGAUCAAAUCACGCGUAAGUUUAAAAAUAGAUCUUUGCAGAAUUUUCAAACAUGGCAAUUCACAAGUUUACUCAUUUCGCAAACAACAGCGUAAUGGCUUCAAUGGAAUCGCUAAAAGUUUGAACUGUUUCCUUACCUGAGAAAAAAAAAGUAGAGCUGUGUUGUUUUCUGUUGACUCGCCAAGUUUAUAGCCAAAAGGGCAUGUUGUGUCGUUCUUCGCAUGAAGUGCUGACAAAAAUGGCGGCUCGGUUGCUCGAGGUAAGAGGUCGUCUUCCUGUAUCAUUCUUUUUCCUGUUUACUUGAAAUGUAGAAUUUCUGCAAACAUUUCCUUUUAAAUUUGUUUGUCAUAAAUAAACUUCGAUUUUUGAGCCAAAAUUUUCUUCUUAGAAAACGCUGAGUUCACGAAACGGCUUCUUCUACGCGAAUACACGGGAGUUGUAAACAAUCCAUCGACCACAAAACUCCUGCUACAGUAAAUUGAAAAACGCCGACUGCGAUGCAUUGUGGAUUCAAAAUUUUCAAGAUGGCGGCGAAGGUCGAGAAAUUUCGCAGGUUAUAUGCUUUAUUUUUCAACAGAUACAGUUCUUUCCUUAGAUAGUUUUUCCCGAUUUCACAAGCUAAUAUUUGUUUAGAUUUUUUCUGUGAAGAAAAACAAAUCAAUAUUUUUCAUUUCAAUCUAAAACGUGGAGCCCGAAGAUUCCUCCUCUAAGAGCAUGAAAUUUGAACCCGGUUUUUAAGAGGGUAUAAUUUCCAUUAUAUUGCCCGUCGAAAGUAGAAGACAGUUGUAAGUGUUUCUACAAACCUUGUUCUACGCUAAUUUUUUAUCGCUCCCCAACGCGCCCCACGUUUUGUGAUACUUUUUCCGAAUUGAAACCGGCAUGUUUUCAUGGGAAAAUGUAGCCUCGCGAAGACCAAUGUGACAUGUUACUGGAAGUGUUACUGUUGUAAUCACAAGCUGAUCACAAAAUAGCGGGGCAGCAGCGACUGGUUCCUCCAAAUAAUAGCAUUAGGUGAGCAUAAAAUGUUCGAAACUGGUAUAUAAAUAGGCUGAUGAGUACUCUGAUGUAGGAAUGUCUGUUUUUGUAGUAGGACUAAAAAAGCAUAAUAAAAUUGCAGUCAUACAUGUGACUCUCUUUAUGCAGGUAUAAAAUCAGUAGGAUUCGAGUUACAGGUAUUUAAUUAAAAGAUAAGUUUGAUUAUACAGUGAAGCCCUGUGCAUUUUGAAACCAACAAUCUACUUCCAAGAUUGGUGUGUGUUGUUGUGUGGAUGUUAUGACUUUGUCAGUUUCUUGCCUUAGUCCCUGUUUUAUUCAGUGGUGAUUAGCCUCCAUAGCAGGCAUUUAAAAGGAAAGGGAGAGGGGUUUUGGGCGCAAGAGAAAUGCGAAGAGUGCACGAGGAAGGAGGGAGUGAUUUCAACAUUCACCUGGUUGAUGUUGAUUAUGCAAAAAACAAUUAGUCUCCUGUAUGGCAGGCAUUUCCCUCCCUCCUUCCCUCACAUUUCUCUUGCACCAAGACCCACUUUCCCUUUUCUUUGAAAUGCCUGCCACACAGGCUAAGUGAUGUCAUUCAAUCUGUUUACCCAUUUACACUGUUUAGUAUAUAUCAAACAAUUUGCAUAUUUUGGUGGCUUUAGUUAAAAUAUAAAUUGCUUGAUCAUUGAGUGUGCUUUUGAUAUUGGAAAACCAAGGCUGAAAAAAUGGUGACAGGGAAAGGAAAUAGAAAAAGUGGAACAAUGGGGCAGUAAAAUCAUGAGACUAAGAACCUGAAUUAACUAAGUAAGCCUAAACAGAUUCUUAUAUAAAUAGUAGUUAGCACAAGUUUAGGCUAUUUAGGUUUUUAAAAUUUCCGAAGUAAAAAUGUAGCUAAGAGUAUUAUAUGAGGAAUAAGGUGAAUAAGGUGAAACACAAAUUUUGUGUUUCACCUUAUUCCUCAUAUAAAGUCUGCAUAUCAAAUUAGAAGUUAUGUGAGAAUGGACAUAAAAAGAGGAAUGUAUUUAAAUUUAAACAUUGGCAUUUACAUUGCAGUUGGAGUGAUAAGACAGCUUUGUCUCCAAAGAAGAUUCUAAAUGUUGAUUUAUCUCUGCUUAAGUGUACAGAAUUUUUUCAUAGAUUUCAAAAAUAAGAACGGUCACCUGUUUCAAAUUUUAGGCUAAACAGGUUUUUAUAUAGAGGGGGCUCAUCUGGCAUAAUUUUAUUUUAGCUGAACAGGUUCUUGAAAUUCAGGUUCUAAGUCAGGGGGUUUUACUGUACCACUAGGAUCCACCUCUGCAAUAACUGGUAACCUAAAAGCCCUAGGCCUCUUUACGGACAACCGCUUCAUACAGACACCUGAUCAAGGCUGUGCUCUAGCAGAGCCCUGUGGCCCCUGGCACCUAACUUUUGCUUUUGGGUGACUAGAAAAUCUCAGACUUUUCAUACAAAUCAUAUGCUGGACAGCCUAGAUUUUACAGGUUCAGAGAACUAGGCUCCUUUCAAUGUUCCUUAGAACACAGCCUUGCUCAUCAUUACAGAUAGCUUGCUUUGUUCCCUGGAAAAAAGCCCUUAAAUUUUCUCUAAAUUAAGAUGGUUAAUUUCUACAGUCCCCUCAGUGUCUGUAUAACAGAGUUGACUGUGAGUAUGAUGAGACCUAUGACACCAUAUUUAAAUUAUAAAACUGGGGUGAGGAGAAAGGAAAGGGGUCUCAAGCUAUGUUGCCCCAGCCCUGAUUACAGGAGAUUUGUAAACAUGUACGAAUUUCACAUUUUGAAGAGUUUUUAUAAUCCAAAAAAAUAUGUGAUAACAUGUGUUUGUACAUACUGACACAAUCAUUAAACUAAUAUUGGCUGCAGCUUUUAAAAUCUAUUGACUGCAUCAGGCUUUGUAAUCACAAAUAUGCCAUUUUCAGUUUCAAUCCAGUUAUAAGACAUUUUAUGACUCAUACCAAUAGAAAAAUAUGGCAAAUAAAGAUGCUCAAUAUUAUAUUAUCAAAAAGAGGACACAAGUUCACUGUACACAAAUACUCUCUCCUUUAUUUACUUGUCUUCAUGUAAUGAUAAAUGCAGAUGUUAAGCAAAACGAAAUGCAGACUUGAUGCCAACAGAGAAACAAGUCCUCGAAACGAUGACCCCCUCAACUUCGAUUCUCUUAUUACAGCUAGCAAGUGAACAUCUUGCAAUGCUGAAUGACAAAACAAAGCUCACUGUGUUUAAAUACCGUUGCCGGGUAUUCUGAAGAAGCUCCUAGUAUUUUAUGAGUAUAUCAUAGCUAUGCACAUCAGUACCUCUUAGCACUAGUUGCACUGAUUUCACGGUGAAUUCAAAAAUUUUCGGCGAACCGCGGGUCUUACCUCCAGUGCUUUUAAUGAUUGAAGUAUUGAACAAAGCGUUUCUGUGCCGACUUUUCUCGGUCAGUUGCAAACAAGAUGCAAGUGAUUACGAACAAAAUACACCAGAAUAAUAAUAAUAAUAAUAAUAAUAACUUUAUUUGAGUCUCAAAUCAUUCUAGCCGAGCACGAGUGCUGUACUAAUUGGGGAGACUGUAAAUCAAAUAAAUCAAAUCAAAUCAAAUCAAAUGUUGGUUUUUGAGGAGAGGGGAAAACCGGAGUUCCCGGAGAAAAACCUCUCGGAGCAGAGUAGAGAACCAACAAACUCAGCCCACAUAUGACGCCGGGUCCGGGAAUCGAACCCGGGACACAUUGGUGGAAGGCGAGCGCUCUCACCACUACACCAACCCUGCUCCCUCUCUACACUUAUCAACGGAAUGAGACUGUUUUUUCCCUGCGAAUUGGACAGACUUUCUUUUUCAAGGGCUUCCGGAGGACAUUCAAAGCAAAAUCGUAUAUAUCUACAGCGUAAUUAACGAAUAUUCACUCCGCAGUCGAGAUGUUCACUCCACGCCAUCUUGACACAAAUGAUCAGAUUUUGAAUACCGCCCAUGAUGCUUAGCGAUAGUAGUGCGCACACCGCCUGAAGUGAACGGAUCCACGAGCAAGCAACUUCGCUUUGUUGACAGUUAAACUACCGAGCUUUGUUUUAUAGACGGCUUUUUUAAGGUCCAGGGUUCUCAAAAUUUUUAACAAACAUGAGAUGUUAACUUGAAAACAUUAGAGAAAACAGAGGGAUGAAGAAAUUACCAGAAAGCUGUCACGCACCUCCAAUGCACACAUUCCAGCGGACUUCACGACUACGGUAAGAUAGGUGAUAAGGCGGCAAAAUGAAACAACUUGGAGCUUGAAGUACAACGGAUACAGGUUAAGGUGAGCUUUUUUAAAAAGUUGUUCUAUAUAUCAAGGCUACCACCGUUGUAAAAGGAAACGUAAAGUCAAAUUGUUGGUGGUUGUUGUGUGACUCGUGUGUUGGAUGCCGUUAUUUUAUGUUGUCUGUAACACGAAUUUCAAAUUAUUUCUGAGAAGCUCAAAAUGAUUUCCCCAAAAUAAUUUUAACAUAACAUAAUAGUUUGAUGCUUGUAGUUUUUUCCCCUUCAAUCUUGAAAAAUUCUAAUCAAAGGCACAUGACGAAAAUCGUCGCUUUUUUCAACUACCUUCCGUGGUUGAACAACAGGUAGACAUACGCUUUAGCUUUUUUUUAACUACUGAGACUGUUGCAAUGCUAAAAAUAUUAUAUAUUUUGGUCAAUGACUAGUUAUACUUACAAUUUUAGCAACAAGCUUUUUUUCUAGCGCGGUUGUUUUGAAAUGCAAGUCGAGCGAAUCAUGAUGAAUUUCAACCCUGUUUUCGGCUUGCGAAAUCGACCGCGGGGCGAAAGAUCAAAACAAGGUGAUAUCCUGCGUGUCCUAAGGCAGCUGAAAGACUUUUUUUCCACAAUGAAAUAUACUUACAUCCUCUUACUUGAGACAUAAAAAAAAAAACACAGGGACAUUUCCAGGAGAUCUCCAUCAGUUUCCAACUUGAACCAAAAGUCACUUGACAAGAUGAACCAAUCAAACAUUGUUUGCCCGGCCUAUUGACGAUUAGUAAUUCCAUCAGGUCGUGUUUCUUUCGGAGGCAAGGUUAAUUCAAGCUAUUUCCAAUCCACUCUUAAAAUCAGGCUGUUAAAUGUCCCCAAGGUCCAUGACCAAUAACGAAAAUUCUCCAACUUCAGACGAAGAGCAGUUUGCAACUUCAUGGUCUGUUUAUCCACUGCAUUAAAGAAAAGGAACGUACUAUAAGUAGACUAACUCGCGAAGUUGAAUGUGGGAAAAAGCGUCCAGUGGGUCUCAAAGUGUGGAGAAGUUGAUCCUGAGUAAUGACAAAUGUCUAAUCAUAAAUUUCGCUUGUUUCUUCGCACACGUUCUUUUUCCCCCUUUUUUUUUUACGUGAAUGCAUUCUUUUCCAAAUGUCCUUAUUUUGAGUCAAGAAUUUUAUAAAAGUAAGAAGAAAAAAAACUGUGCUGAGCAGCAAAACCCUCCCCGGGUCUAGCCUGCGAGCAAGGUCUCUCACUGCCCCACCCCACCCCACCCCCCCCCCAAUCCCGGCAGCAAGAGACCUUGCUCGCAGGCUAGACCGCCCCUCCCUUUCCCCCUCCCUUCCCUUCCCUUCCCUUCCCUUCCCCCUCCCAUCCCACCGCCCUCUACCUAUCUACCUAUCUACCUACCCCCCUCUACCUAUCUAUCUAUUUAUCUAUCUAUCUAUCUAUCUAUCUAUCUACCUACCCCUCUAGCUAUCUACUUACCCCCCUCCCGCCUGCCCCCCUCUCCCUGCCCUCUCCCCGGCCCGCCCCCGGGCCGGUGUACCAACUCCCGCUUCCCGUACCCUUCCCAAGGCCUUUUUUCUUCCCUCUCCUCGCCCCAAGCCCUCCCAGAUCCAAGCCGCGAUUUUUUUCUUUUUUUUCCUUUUUCAUGCUAAUCAGGCGGGAUUCGAACCCGUCACCUCUUUGUUUUCCAAUUCAUUACCGAUUCAAUGCUUAUGCUAAUUGCGCUAUCCCGGCUCGGUUACAAAUUCAAUGGUUUUUUUGUAUGUUAUUCAUAUGCAAAUCAAAUUCUUGCCCCUGAUUGGCUGUUGAAAAUAAUGACAUCAUGAACCUUCGGCCCAGAGGUCCCUGAGGUCCCACAGGUCCAAGAACCAAAACAAACCAAAGUUAACCAAACAUAAUGGAAACUGUAACCUUCUCGGCUUUGCAAAAGCUUCCUUUUAAUCACGAUUCUUGUAUCUUUCUGACCGCUUUUACAUUUAAAAAAGCACUUAGCGCUUUGACGUUUUUUCCGACGGGCAAUUUUGAUUUUAGCUGAAGUUUUGUAUAAUAUUGAAAUACUUGAAAUGUCCGUCGGUGCGUUUGCUUUCAGUCGGUGAUCACAAGAAACACUUUUUGUACGGUGAACAGUGAUCAACAUCAAUUUACAUUCUCGCUAUAUAUCCUACCACUGAACAGUAUCAAUCAUAAACUGCUGAAAAAAGAGGAAACUGCUCAGCAGCGAAAAACAUUGUGAUUUCUAGUCAAAUUCUCCUCGUUAGCGCCAGAUGAACGGUAAAGGAAUGAGUAUGGAGAAUGUGCAUGUUAAUCUCACGCCAUUUACAAGUGUUCCUGUAACAAGCAAAAUUGAUCUUAUAAAUGAAAAACGCGAAGAUUAUGUCAAUUUUAAUAGAUUUGGAGCCAGCAAUGUGACCCUUCAAAAACAAGAAAAAGCGUUCUUCUCUAACUAGGCAACUACAGUACCCUAGUCUGAAUCUGGUACCCUUAUAACUGCAAUAGCAAAUCUGCAAGUAGCACUGUAAAUCAUACUAAAAUGCUACCGAUGCGACUGAAAACUUGUCAUAGAAUCGUGAAAUCAGCCUGAAAGAUCAAAACAAGGUGAUAUCCUGCGUGUCCUAAGGCAGCUGAAAGACUUUUUUUCCACAAUGAAAUAUACUUACAUCCUCUUACUUGAGACAUAAAAAAAAAACACAGGGACAUUUGCAGGAGAUCUCCAUCAGUUUCCAACUUGAACCAAAAGUCACUUGACAAGAUGAACCAAACAAACAUUGUUUGCCCGGCCUAUUGACGAUUAGUAAUUCCAUCAGGUCGUGUUUCUUUCGCAGGCAAGGUUAAUUCAAGCUAUUUCCAAUCCACUCUUAAAAUCAGGCUGUUAAAUGUCCCCAAGGUCGAUGACCAAUAACGAAAAUUCUCCAACUUCAGACGAAGAGUAGUUUGCAACUUCAUGGUCUGUUUAUCCACUACAUUAAAGAAAAGGAACGUACUAUAAGUAGACUAACUCGCGAAGUUGAAUGUGGGAAAAAGCGUCCAGUGGGUCUCAAAGUGUGGAGAAGUUGAUCCUGAGUAAUGACAAAUGUCUAAUCAUAAAUUUCGCUUGUUUCUUCGCACACGUCCCUUUUUCCCCUUUUUUUUUUUACGUGAAUGCAUUCUUUUCCAAAUGUCCUUAUUUUGAGUCAAGAAUUUUAUAAAAGUAAGAAGAAAAAAAACUGUGCUGAGCAGCAAAACCCUCCCCGGGUCUAGCCUGCGAGCAAGGUCCCUCACUGCCCCACCCCACCCAACCCUCCCCCCAAUCCCGGCAGCAAGAGACCUUGCUCGCAGGCUAGACCGCCCCUCCCUUUCCCCCUCCCUUCCCUUCCCUUCCCCCUCCCAUCCCUCCGCCCUCUACCUAUCUACCUAUCUACCUACCCCCCUAUCUAUCUAUCUAUCUAUCUAUCUAUCUAUCUAUCUAUCUAUCUAUCUAUCUAUCUAUCUAUAUACCCCUCUGGCUAUCUACUUACCCUCCUCCCGCCUGCCCCCCUCUCCCUGCCCUCUCCCCGGUCCGCCCCCGGCCGGUGUACCAACUCCCGCUUCCCGUACCCUUCCCAAGGCCUUUUUUCUUCCCUCUCCUCGCCCCAAGCCCUCCCAGAUCCAAGCCGCGAUUUUUUUCUUUUUUUUCCUUUUUCAUGCUAAUCAGGCGGGAUUCGAACCCGUCACCUCUUUGUUUGCCAAUUCAUUACCGAUUCAAUGCUUAUGCUAAUUGCGCUAUCCCGGCUCGGUUACAAAUUCAAUGGUUUUUUUGUAUGUUAUUCAUAUGCAAAUCAAAUUCUUGCCCCUGAUUGGCUGUUGAAAAUAAUGACAUCAUGAACCUUCGGCCCAGAGGUCCCUGAGGUCCCACAGGUCCAAGAACCAAAACAAACCAAAGUUAACCAAACAUAAUGGAAACUGUAACCUUCUCGGCUUUGCAAAAGCUUCCUUUUAAUCACGAUUCUUGUAUCUUUCUGACCGCUUUUACAUUUAAAAAAGCACUUAGCGCUUUGACGUUUUUUCCGACGGGCAAUUUUGAUUUUAGCUGAAGUUUUGUAUAAUAUUGAAAUACUUGAAAUGUCCGUCGGUGCGUUUGCUUUCAGUCGGUGAUCACAAGAAACACUUUUUGUACGGUGAACAGUGAUCAACAUCAAUUUACAUUCUUGCUAUAUAUCCUACCACUGAACAGUAUCAAUCAUAAACUGCUGAAAAAAGAGGAAACUGCUCAGCAGCGAAAAACAUUGUGAUUUCUAGUCAAAUUCUCCUCGUUAGCGCCAGAUGAACGGUAAAGGAAUGAGUAUGGAGAAUGUGCAUGUUAAUCUCACGCCAUUUACAAGUGUUCCUGUAACAAGCAAAAUUGAUCUUAUAAAUGAAAAACGCGAAGAUUAUGUCAAUUUUAAUAGAUUUGGAGCCAGCAAUGUGACCCUUCAAAAACAAGAAAAAGCGUUCUUCUCUAACUAGGCAACUACAGUACCCUAGUCUGAAUCUGGUACCCUUAUAACUGCAAUAGCAAAUCUGCAAGUAGCACUGUAAAUCAUACUAAAAUGCUACCGAUGCGACCGAAAACUUGUCAUAGAAUCGUGAAAUUAGCCCGAAAGAUCAAAACAAGGUGAUAUCCUGCGUGUCCUAAGGCAGCUGAAAGACUUUUUUUCCACAAUGAAAUAUACUUACAUCCUCUUACUUGAGACAUAAAAACACAGGGACAUUUUCAGGAGAUCUCCAUCGGUUUCCAACUUGAACCAAAAGUCACUUGACAAGAUGAACCAAUCAAACAUUGUUUGCCCGGCCUAUUGACGAUUAGUAAUUCCAUCAGGUCGUGUUUCUUUCGCAGGCAAGGUUAAUUCAAGCUAUUUCCAAUCCACUCUUAAAAUCAGGCUGUUAAAUGUCCCCAAGGUCCAUGACCAAUAACGAAAAUUCUCCAACUUCAGACGAAGAGCAGUUUGCAACUUCAUGGUCUGUUUAUCCACUGCAUUAAAGAAAAGGAACGUACUAUAAGUAGACUAACUCGCGAAGUUGAAUGUGGGAAAAAGCAUCCAGUGGGUCUCAAAGUGUGGAGAAGUUGAUCCUGAGUAAUGACAAAUGUCUAAUCAUAAAUUUCGCUUGUUUCUUCGCACACGUCCUUUUCUCCCCUUUUUUAUUACGUGAAUGCAUUUUUUUCCAAAUGUCCUUAUUUUGAGUCAAGAAUUUUAUAAAAGUAAAAAGAAAAAAAACUGUGCUGAGCAGCAAAACCCUCCCCGGGUCUAGCCUGCGAGCAAGGUCUCUCACUGCCCCACCCCACCCAACCCUCCCCCCAAUCCCGGCAGCAAGAGACCUUGCUCGCAGGCUAGACCGCCCCUCCCUUUCCCCCUCCCUUCCCUUCCCUUCCCUUCCCUUCCCCCUCCCAUCCCUCCGCCCUCUACCUAUCUACCUAUCUACAUACCCCCCUCUACCUAUCUAUCUACUUAUCUAUCUAUCUAUCUACCUACCCCUCUACCUAUCUACCUACCCCCCUCUACCUAUCUAUCUAUUUAUCUAUCUAUCUAUCUAUCUAUCUACCUACCCCUCUAGCUAUCUACUUACCCCCCUCCCGCCUGCCCCCCUCUCCCUGCCCUCUCCCCGGCCCGCCCCCGGGCCGGUGUACCAACUCCCGCUUCCCGUACCCUUCCCAAGGCCUUUUUGCUUCCCUCUCCUCGCCCCAAGCCCUCCCAGAUCCAAGCCGCGAUUUUUUUCUUUUUUUUCCUUUUUCAUGCUAAUCAGGCGGGAUUCGAACCCGUCACCUCUUUGUUUGCCAAUUCAUUACCGAUUCAAUUCUUAUGCUAAUUGCGCUAUCCCGGCUCGGUUACAAAUUCAAUGGUUUUUUUGUAUGUUAUUCAUAUGCAAAUCAAAUUCUUGCCCCUGAUUGGCUGUUGAAAAUAAUGACAUCAUGAACCUUCGGCCCAGAGGUCCCUGAGGUCCCACAGGUCCAAGAACCAAAACAAACCAAAGUUAACCAAACAUAAUGGAAACUGUAACCUUCUCGGCUUUGCAAAAGCUUCCUUUUAAUCACGAUUCUUGUAUCUUUCUGACCGCUUUUACAUUUAAAAAAGCACUUUGCGCUUUGACGUUUUUUCCGACGGGCAAUUUUGAUUUUAGCUGAAGUUUUGUAUAAUAUUGAAAUACUUGAAAUGUCCGUCGGUGCGUUUGCUUUCAGUCGGUGAUCACAAGAAACACUUUUUGUACGGUGAACAGUGAUCAAAGGCAGCGAAAAACAUUGUGAUUUCUAGUCAAAUUCUCCUCGUUAGCGCCAGAUGAACGGUAAAGGAAUGAGUAUGGAGAAUGUGCAUGUUAAUCUCACGCCAUUUACAAGUUUUCCUGUAACAAGCAAAAUUGAUCUUAUAAAUGAAAAACGCGAAGAUUAUGUCAAUUUUAAUAGAUUUGGAGCCAGCAAUGUGACCCUUCAAAAACAAGAAAAAGCGUUCUUCUCUAACUAGGCAACUACAGUACCCUAGUCUGAAUCUGGUACCCUUAUAACUGCAACAGCAAAUCUGCAAGUAGCACUGUAAAUCAUACUAAAAUGCUACCGAUGCGACCGAAAACUUGUGAUAGAAUUGUGAAAUCAGCCUGAAAGAUCAAAACAAGGUGAUAUCCUGCGUGUCCUAAGGCAGCUGAAAGACUUUUUUUCCACAAUGAAAUAUACUUACAUCCUCUUACUUGAGACAUAAAAACACAGGGACAUUUUCAGGAGAUCUCCAUCGGUUUCCAACUUGAACCAAAAGUCACUUGACAAGAUGAACCAAUCAAACAUUGUUUGCCCGGCCUAUUGACGAUUAGUAAUUCCAUCAGGUCGUGUUUCUUUCGCAGGCAAGGUUAAUUCAAGCUAUUUCCAAUCCACUCUUAAAAUCAGGCUGUUAAAUGUCCCCAAGGUCCAUGACCAAUAACGAAAAUUCUCCAACUUCAGACGAAGAGCAGUUUGCAACUUCAUGGUCUGUUUAUCCACUGCAUUAAAGAAAAGGAACGUACUAUAAGUAGACUAACUCGCGAAGUUGAAUGUGGGAAAAAGCGUCCAGUGGGUCUCAAAGUGUGGAGAAGUUGAUCCUGAGUAAUGACAAAUGUCUAAUCAUAAAUUUCGCUUGUUUCUUCGCACACGUCCUUUUUUCCCUUUUUUUUUUUACGUGAAUGCAUUCUUUUCCAAAUGUCCUUAUUUUGAAUCAAGAAUUUUAUAAAAGUAAGAAGAAAAAAAACUGUGCUGAGCAGCAAAGCCCUCCCCGGGUCUAGUCGGCGAGCAAGGUCUCUCACUGCCCCACCCCACCCAACCCUCCCCCCAAUCCCGGCAGCAAGAGACCCUGCUCGCAGGCUAGACCGCCCCUCCCUUUCCCCCUCCCUUCCCUUCCCCCCUCCCUUCUCUUCCCUUCCCUUCCCUUCCCCCUCCCAUCCCUCCGCCCUCUACCUAUCUACCUAUCUACCUACCCCCCUCUACCUAUCUAUCUAUUUAUCUAUCUAUCUAUCUAUCUAUCUACCUACCCCUCUAGCUAUCUACUUACCCCCCUCCCGCCUGCCCCCCUCUCCCCGCCCUCUCCCCGGCCCCCCCCCCGGCCGGUGUACCAACUCCCGCUUCCCGUACCCUUCCCAAGGCCUUUUUUCUUCCCUCUCCUCGCCCCAAGCCCUCCCCGAUCCCAGCCGCGAUUUUUUUCUUUUUUUUCCUUUUUCAUGCUAAUCAGGCGGGAUUCGAACCCGUCACCUCUUUGUUUGCCAAUUCAUUACCGAUUCAAUGCUUAUGCUAAUUGCGCUAUCCCGGCUCGGUUACAAAUUCAAUGGUUUUUUUGUAUGUUAUUCAUAUGCAAAUCAAAUUCUUGCCCCUGAUUGGCUGUUGAAAAUAAUGACAUCAUGAACCUUCGGCCCAGAGGUCCCUGAGGUCCCACAGGUCCAAGAACCAAAACAAACCAAAGUUAACCAAACAUAAUGGAAACUGUAACCUUCUCGGCUUUGCAAAAGCUUCCUUUUAAUCACGAUUCUUGUAUCUUUCUGACCGCUUUUACAUUUAAAAAAGCACUUAGCGCUUUGACGUUUUUUCCGACGGGCAAUUUUGAUUUUAGCUGAAGUUUUGUAUAAUAUUGAAAUAUUUGAAAUCGUCGGUGCGUUUGCUUUCAGUCGGUGAUCACAAGAAACACUUUUUGUACGGUGAACAGUGAUCAACAUCAAUUUACAUUCUCGCUAUAUAUCCUACCACUGAACAGUAUCAAUCAUAAACUGCUGAAAAAAGAGGAAACUGCUCAGCAGCGAAAAACAUUGUGAUUUCUGGUCAAAUUCUCCUCGUUAGCGCCAGAUGAACAGUAAAGGAAUGAGUAUGGAGAAUGUGCAUGUUAAUCUCACGCCAUUUACAAGUGUUCCUGUAACAAGCAAAAUUGAUCUUAUAAAUGAAAAACGCGAAGAUUAUGUCAAUUUUAAUAGAUUUGGAGCCAGCAAUGUGACCCUUCAAAAACAAGAAAAAGCGUUCUUCUCUAACUAGGCAACUACAGUACCCUAUUCUGAAUCUGGUACCCUUAUAACUGCAAUAGCAAAUCUGCAAGUAGCACUGUAAAUCAUACUAAAAUGCUACCGAUGCGACCGAAAACUUGUCAUAGAAUCGUGAAAUUAGCCUUGAAAUGGUUUUCUUGUUUUUCUCGGAAACGAACAGAUCUUUCGAAGAAAAAACUACAUGGCGUUUGUACACUUACUAAAGUCUAUCAGUAUGCCAAAGAAGAGCGAUUUUUAUUUUUUGAGCCUUGCCGCACUUUGGUCGAUAUUUGCAUGGAGUUGCUCUUAAAACAGUAAACUGAUCCUUACGGCUGGAAGAGUGAUAGAAAAAAUAAAGAAAACAAAAACAAAGUAGUGAAUUAUAUUUGGCCGAUAUUUCGGUUUACAGUACAAACCUUCAACGGGGGCUAUAAAAGGAAAAUGAAUACAGAUAAAAGAUGAACGUUAUAUGAGGCCACCGAGAUUCGAGAUGACAGACGCCUUUUAUUACCAAUACAAGGCCGGUUAAUGGCAAUUAAAAUUAUCACAAAUCAUGUUGCGUUCACGACCAGGGGCACUUGCAAAGUUGGAAGAGCAAAAUUGUGAAGUCGAGGACGUAGCUAGCAAAGCUACAACAGGGCAAUAUUAGGCCCUUCGUAGGCUAUCACAAGAAGGAGUGAAUGCACCCAGUUACAGGUCCUCAUAGUUGAAGAACCGUUUGAGUAAGUCUUUUGGGAACAGAAUCUCUUAACAUCAACCUCUGGAUCGACCCCUAUGACAGUCUACAAUUCCCACGUUACUACUGGAGACGUCGUAAUUGCCAUAAGUUACUUGACACUUAAUCAAGUUGCCCCCAAAAAUCAAAACUUACUGUCAGUUUCAAAAGUUACCAGAAAAUUACUCCAAAUGGUAAAAGUUGCCAUAAAGUUGCCGAGGACCUUGUGGUUAAGGCUAGCCCCAGUCCAUUUCACAUUGGUGUGCACGAUGGUAUCGCGACUAAUCCCGAUACUGGUGCAUAUGCGAGAUCAAUCGACUUCGGAUGAAUGUUGUGCCGGCAACCCAUUGAAGAAAAUCUUUUCACAUCGGGGAGUGGUCACAGCCGGGUGAUCCCAACAUGAAGAGGUCUCAACAUUAAACUGUAGCAAGGUGUUCUUUGUGAAAGUUCCAUAGGCUGUUGCCAAGUUAUCGACGCAAGCCCUACUGAGAUCGAUCCCUACAGUGUACAUUCUUCUUCGUGAGAAAUCCUUGCAAAGUGCUGAUCAGCUUGGCCAGGAAAAUGAAAUUAUUGCCUUAGAACAAGCAAAGUACACUAAAGCUCUUGAAGUCAUCUGGCAAAAAGACGAAACGUUCCAGUGCCUCGUUGUUAGGAUGGGCUCUUUUCACAUAAUUUUCUCAGGUCUUUCCUGGUGGCUAUCGGUAAGCGCUUUGAAGAUGUAGGUCUUGGUGUCCUCGUUACGGAAAGUGGAAUUGUUGGAUCAGGUUCUGUCUCACCGAUGCUAGAGGGCCGCUUCCAUACAAUCGCAUAUUAAAGGAAGGAAGGGCUGCCAUUAUAAGAACAGACAGAAAUCUGUUUGCUAGAUUUCUCGUUCUUGGCCAAAGCAGACAAGUGGAUCUAGUCAGUCGCUGGCCCACGAGCUAGGCCCGCUUCAAAAGUCGCUGGGGCUGUUUGAUUGCGCGCUUGUGAAAGCCAGCAAAGCGGCUCUACCUAAACUUCGAGAGGAUGGGGUAGAGGGUCUGCAGCGCUUGCUAGCCCAAAUCAUAGCAGUCAUCAUCGACCCGAUGGACAUGCUUCAAACGGUGAGGAAGACAUCAGAGAGAUUCAUAAAAUUGUCAGAAAUGAUUUUCAAGAGAAUACUAAUGCAAGCAGGAGAAGCAAGAGGUGUUGACUUCGGUGGUGAUCAUUACCUAGACAUCUCGAUUGAGAACAUAGAAGGGGAAGGAAGAAGCAAUUCCGGUCAACUAGGCGUCGCCAUUGCUACCUUCUAACAAUUCUGUCUACGCCAAGAAAAGAAGUACUCGUCAUGCGGGAGCGAUAGAGUGCGUCUUCUAAUGCGCCUUUAAAGCGAAUGUUUGAAGGAAGAAUAUGCUAAAAGAAUCGACAGUCGUUUAAUGCAUAUUUUACCCAUGGCAACCACUGCAUCAAGCUUGUCGUCACAGAUAGACCUAUGACAACAACUGCAGAAAAGGAACUGUAUACCUGCCAACAGGAAGCUGAUACAAGGAUGUUCCUUCAUGAGUCACACGCAUCUUUACAUGAACAUCAAACACACAUGCAUGUUUAAGAGUUGAUAUGUCACCACCAGUCAGCCACUCCUGCAGAACUGACCUUGAUAGGUGCAGCAAGAAAAAGAUAACGCUUUAUAAGCGUUUCCCGACUGUGCGAGGAACUGGGUCCCAGGGUAUGCCUAGUCCUCCCUAGUUUGUACGCGCUAACAGGCUGUGACGCUCUGAGCUCAUUUGCAGGUAAAGGCAUGAAAAGGGCGUUUGAAAUGGUCAGAUGCGAAAGCCAGUUUAUGAGCGAAAGUGUGGGCGUUCUUGGAGAGAGUCUUCCCCUGAGAGAGCAGAGCAUAACCAAAUUGGAAGAAGUAGUUUGCAGAUUAUACAACGAUGAUCAGUGCAAGCUGGUGCAGUUUCACCAAUAAGUGCUGCCCUCCGAUACCACUUUAAACGAGCCUAACUACCAAGCGUUUCUCCGGAAGAAAGCCUUGCAGCUAAGAAUUGACCAAGAACCGGUAAAACAUGGAUUUUGACUGAAGGAAGGACGCCUUGAGAUCGUUUGGACAGACCUGUCGCCAGCUCCACAGGCCAAGAUGGAAUUAGUUUGCUGUGGGUGCUGCGUUACUUGCCAAUCGAGGCGAUGCCUAUGUGUUGGUAAUUUCCUGCCUUCGAUAAAAGCUUGUACUUGUUCUGAUGAGUGCAUGAACAGUGCAACAGACCUUAAAGGUGGAGAUGACCUUGUUGAUGGCAACGAUGAGGGUGUAGACGAGCAAAUAGGCACUGGCCUCAGGUAUCUCUUGUUGUAUUUCUUGUUGUAAGAUACUGAAGUUUUCAAUAAGUUUGGCAUAUCUUGAAUUCUUUGCAACAGUGUGCAAUACCAGUCAAAGUUGUCGAGAAAAUGUAUUGCUAAAUAACAGAAUAAAACGCAGUUAUCAAGAGUCAGCGUAACUUAUUUCGAACGUACUUUUUUCUUUUGUUCCUCUUGAGUGUAAACUUAGUUUGACCUUUAAUACAUGCAUAGAAAGUUAAAUGGAAAAAAGUUCUUCAAUCUGAAUAGAGUCGCUUUAAGAUCUUCUUUUCGUUAACAAUUAAUGGCCAUUUUGCGAAAAAGAGGCAAUUUCUUACCUUCUUUUAAUUCACCAGUUUCCAAGAUGGCGGACCCUGUCGUGAAGUUGUUACAUGUCUGUAAACGCAUAAUGGAACAAGGGCUGGGGAUGCAUUGUGGUAGAAACAAAUAAAUGCUUUAAAGGGAGAAAAAACAAAAACAACUGAUUUUUGGGUGAUAACUGGGUUGUAAACAUAAAAGAAAAGCAUUUUCAAUUAACAAAAUAGUGGAAUGGGAUUUAUGUACGGUUUCCAUAGCAGUGGGAGCAAAGGCUGGUCACAAAAUCAUGGAAAGUAUGAAAUGUUACAAAAUAUCAAUUGUAAGUAUUUUUUUAAAUAUGCAUGAGUAUUUCGUGAUUUCUGCUAGAGUUUUUAUAUCAUUUGUAUUUACAAAGCAAAAUGUAUCCCCAUACUCCCCUCAUAAAAACCUUGCCCUAUCUCCCUUUUAACUUGAUACCAAUUUUAUAAGGUUUUAAGAUGGGUGCUACGAAAAUCCAUUCUUUUGGAUCUUGGCUCAUGGACUAAAAGUAAGGUCCGCCAAUUUACAGGCUCUCUUCUGGUUUUGCAAAACACGAAACCGCUUCGUAUGCUCUCAUUUUUCUUCUCUUUCCAAUAAAACGUCCUUCAAUCAUCAGGCCAUUGUCAUAUCCAGGGACGUAACCAGCUUUUCUACUAGUUGUAGGUCUGGCUGACUUUCAUUUCCACAUAUCCUAAAAUUGCACGCAUGACUAGUACACACUGACCUUACCAACACUUUGAGCUCUUAAGCUUUUUAGCUCACUCCAACAACGCACAAGCGGUAGAGUGAUCAAACCAAAAAUUUGUAGGCCAGGGCCUACAGAACUGUGGGCUGGCUAUGCCCCUAAUAUCAGCUGGUACCGCAUUAACCAAUCCUUAGGAAGGUAAAAAUUUUGAAUUAUUUCUUACGAGAACGGCCGGUGAUUCUUCUAUAUUUAUCGUAGAUAUAUGGUCAGAAAACUUUUUUUGCCGUAGAGAUGUCAGGGCUUCCACCGAACUCAAAUCAUGGUUUCCAUAUCCACGAGUUUGGAGACAUAAUCACUGAUGGUAGGCUUAAUUAGCGUCGUUUUCUUUUUCUUUUUUUGGUUACCAUGUAACCAUGAAUACUUUGGCAGCUAUCAUGAUAGCUUUAUAUCUUGAUAUUCAAAAGAUAAAUAUAAUACGGAAAAAUUGUAACAAUGACUUUCCUGUGCAUGAUUGCACUCAGGAACAAAACGAUAGCUCAAGCUUUUCUUUCAACGUUCGACAAUGCAAAUGGCCGUCUCUGUCAAGAAAGAUUGUUGAGAUCCAGAAAUUUGGCCACCAUGGUAAAGUGACGUCACACGUCUCCUCUCUAUUGAUGUGAGAAUAACAAAAUGAUAAUUAUCUUCCAGGAUGUCAGAGCACCGGAGGUCAUUACAAUCCUUUUCACCACACCCAUGGAGCACCUACUGACGCAAUACGGUAACACUACUAGAAAUACUUGUAUUGCAGAACCUCGCGAAGCUCGGAGAAUGUGAGCAGUUAAAUGUUAAAUAGAAAGGCUGGAAUAAAAUAGAAUAAAUAGCAAGGGUAACUAAGAUAUAUUGCAUCUCCUUGUGGUGGGAGCAAAUUCAAACCCAGUUCCCGGCAUCUUGUUGCAGUGAGAAUCGUUUAGGAUGGUUAGCCAAAGUUGAGUACGUCUUGUGUUUAGCGAGUUAACAAUGCAAAAUGAUUUUCUCGCCUUUAUGACCGGAAACUCACGCCAAGUUAUUCUGACUCUCAAAAAGAUAAAAAUAUCAUGUUGUUUUGGGUGUAAGUGGAUGACUGGGAGGUAAUAUAGACUGGCAUUUAAUUUAUUUGUGCUCACAGUGAAAGUUAUCAGUUACAAAUACAGGUAACUCCUGCCGUCUGCGAUAGGUAUGGUGAGGAGUGUCAGCAGUAUGUGCCAAAUGACAGGAGUAACGUUGUAGUGAAAACAAAUAGUAAAUGCUCGUUAUUGGAGGAAAGCUGUUAUUUAUUAUUCAACUACAACAAUGACAGUUUGUGUAAUCCUUUUUGUAGGUAAUUAUCUUGACAACUAUUGUUUGUAAUAAGUAAGGUGGAAACAUUAUUACUGAAAUAAUGAUUACAUGUAGCAUUGUCAUUGACGAUGCACAUCAUGAGAAUCAUAAAAGUGAUCUUGACUCACGACCAUAAAAUGGGGGCGUUUAUCAGAACAGAGUGUCAGUGUAAAGUGCAAAUGAAGUAUGUAAGUGUACAUCACGGUUAUUGAUGUACGUGUAGCAAACAAACUCUCUUGCAAGAGUGAAUUGUACGAAAUUAACAUACUAGGUAAGAGGUGUUGAAGGUGAUCACUUUCUUAAUUCUCAUAAUGGGUGAGUUUGUUCAGAUAAGGUUGGCUUAUGCAUAGGUGUGUGAAAUUUUCCCUGUUAUAUGUACAAUUUUCCUGAGCCGGGGAAAUUACAAUUACAUGUAGUGCUAUGGUGUCCUCUGACAAAGUGUCAUUCAGUCACCUCGAGUGGUGUGACCAUCUCUUCAUCCCAUCUUCUGGCUCAGGAUUGUUUCCAGCCUGUCGAAUGUUUUCCGAUAGCGUAACAACUGCUUCAAAAAGACUAUAAAUUGAAUGUCCAUGCUGUGCGAGUAAAGAACUGGACUGGGAUAGGAAAGCAUGUAUAGGCUCAUCUCCAACAAGUAGUAGCUGUGUAAAAUCUCCAAUGAUCCAGGUGGAAAUCCCUCCAAGGGGUUUAUAAAGAUUUCCUGUUGCUGGUCGUCAACGCUUAUCGACCCAAGCUAGUGUCCACUAUCCAAGCAUUGACAUUUUAUCGGUAAUAAGAUAGCACUUUGCAGAGAAAACGAAGUUACCAACGUUGUAAUGUUGUUAGUGUAGGUCAUUAUAUUUAUUAUUAUUACGAAGUGGCAGCAGUAAUGCCGAGUGUAAGGUAUAACCCUCAAUGUUGUACCCUACCUGAACCAGUGGUGCCUGUGAGUAUACAUGUGUCUCCAAGAAGGACCUUUAUUGCACUAAUCAGAUAUGACUUACCCGAUCCUGCUGUCCCUGUAAUGAUCAUAUGCAGUGGUUCCAGGGGGUUGCACUAUUUAGUAGUGACGAGUAGCAAGGAUGUUGUAAGCAAGCAUCUGUUGUCUAUUCAGUUUCGCUGGAUCAACAGGUUGUUGCUGUGGUCUGUUUAGAACACUUGGGUCCUCUAGAGCCUCGCUUCGGCGUUUUGUAAUCCAGUUAGCAGAUUCCCGUAGCAGAGCAGGCGGCAUUGCUGUGGCAGUUUCUGUCCAGUCAAACUGCAAGUUUUCGUGAGAUUGGCUUCCUUGUGAGACCGUGUCAUCGUAGUGUUGAUUGGAGGGACACAGCAGUAUCCACUCCUCAGGUUCUUGUUCACAAUGUGGCAUUUCAUUAUCGUCCGAGAGGCAUUUUCAGAGGCAAGAAAUGCAUGGUAGCACUGAAUGUGAUUUCCAUCGCAAUCGUCAACUCCGUUCCAUACGAUAUGGACUUCUCGGAUCCAGACAAGGCUUAUAUUUAAUUGGAGCAUGCUUGCAGUAAUUACCAUAAUUCUUCCCUAAAGGAUUUGGUGAGAAAUUAGGAAAGGUCGUAAUAAUAACUUCCUGUUUACGGUGUUUGAGCUCCCCCUUACUGACAUAGUAAGCAGAAGAAAAUUUUACAAGAUUAAGGGUACGAGUUUGAUGUUUAUUUGCUUACCAGUUAGCUCGAGUAGCAUAGCGGUCAAUUACUGAUGGAUCUAAUGCUUUAUCUCCCUGGUUUUCAUCAUCUUCCUCUCCGGUACGAACCCUUCGACUUCCAUCCAAUGAGACACCAAGAACGGAGUAAGAGCAAGAAUACAACGGUUUUUUUCAAGAAGCAGAUGUGCAGUUUCUUGAGAUCCCAUGUCACGUUCUCCAGCAAAUUGAAUAAUAUCUCUAUUUAGUGCAGAUGAAGCCACGUUUGUAUCAUUAAGCCUGUUCACACACACUGAGAAUUUCAGAUGCUGACUGUUAUCGAGGUUCAGCUUUUGUUGCAUACUUCGCCAUGUACCGGAUACAUUGGUCAGUGUCAACAAUGGCUUGAAGAUGUACAUUUGCUCUCCAGUGUUGUAGCAUAACACGGUUUUGGGAGUUGGUUCUUUGAUCAUUUCGCUUUGUGGUAAGUGUUGCUUUAGCAUGGGCGAUUUCAUCUACAGUUAAUUCACGAUCUUCUAGCUGUUUUCAUGAGUUCAAAGUCGAUUGAAGUUUCAUUGUGACAAUCUUUUGGAAAAUUAAAGUGGCAUGUUGGCUGCUGCGCAGGUUUAAUUCUAAUACAGUAGGCUGUGCUACACUUUGUAUGACGCUCGACUGGAUUAACAAAGGCUUCGCAUUAUCAACAUUUUCAAGUGAUAUUGCUGAGGGGUUUGGUGAGGGAACGGCCCAGUUCUCCUGUGAAAGUGCAUCAUACAUAGUUGUCACCAGCCAAUCAGCAUACGCAAUUACGGUGCCUCGAUCGUGCUUGAUGACCUACUAGUAUCUGGGGUUGGACUUUGUUAGCCAUCUGGUGGUAACUUGGAUGUUCGUGGAGUCGUAACAUCUGCUCUAGCUUCCAGCCUUAGGCUGCUGUCUUAACAAGGCUGUAAACGCCCGGGUUAUUGAAUAGCUUUGCACAACCAUGCGCAUGAAUACUGCCAUGUGCUUGCCACUCAAAUCGAAUCCAUUUACAUUCUGCAUUUAUUAAAUGAUCAAGCCAAUGAGUACAAAAUUCAGCCAAUAUUGAAACAAAGUAAGCAUCUGUAAUGUGAAGAUGAUUAAUGACAACCCUAAUUCGAACAGAAGGAACUGCAUUGUUUGGCUCUUGAAGAAGUCAGUGUAAAUCUGGCCAAUAAUUAAAGGCAAAGUGGCAACCCCUCUCUGUGUUAUUAGCGCCUUAAGUUCCUGGUAAAGCUGAUACCAGUACUGCUUUGUGCCUUGUAUUUUAGCAACGUAACGCUGGACACGUUUCAUAAGCUGAUUGGCUGACAUUUGGCCCACCAUUUCUCGAAUUCCUCAGUUGUUAAGUUGGCAUCGUCUGGGUUUUAAGUGAGAGAAAUGCGAGCUUGCCACAACAACUGAUGGCGUUGUUUCAUUUUUAGGGCCCAAUUUGGAAAUCGUGGAUGUGAGGCAAAUCGCCAUGUAAAGGUUCCAUUAGGUGAUAUGUCUGCAUACUUGAUUAAGUGUUCAAAGCCAUCUGUUAAGGAAACUUCCCGAAAUUGUGUACUCUUUGUAGGGUCUAUAUCAUUACGAAAUAGUAUUGGAAAAGCUAUUGAGCAAAACCCUGCGUUCAAAAUUCAUUUAUAGAAUCCCCCUCAAUUGAUGGAACGCCCGUAUUGCAUCCUGUUCACGCUGUUGACCCUAUGUACUUCUGCAUCUUGUACUGUGUCUUGAUGUUCAUUUGAUUGUGGAUACUGUACAGCCCCCGAAAUGAUCCCCAAAUCGACCCCGAAAUGAUACCGACCCCGAAAUGAUCCCCGACCCUGAAAUGAUCCCCAAAUCGACCCCGAAAUAAUACCGACCCCGAAAUGAUCCCCAAUUAAUUCUUGGAAUGGAACUUGUAUUUCGUCUCGGAAUUAUUACAAAUCUGUUGCAGCGUUUACGUUCUUAAAUCGCGUUUAACAUUUCGCUACAAAUUGAAAACGUUACAGUCAAGAAUAGUAUUUUUCCUUCUUCCCUUCCCACGAGACCCCUCGCGCGCCUCAACCUAAUCCCCAAUCUUCUAUCAUCCCAAAAAACACUUAAAUAGUGACUGGGUACGAGUCUGAGUCAAGAAGACUUUAGCAGCGACUGAUCAAACAGAGUGAAAUAGAGUUUAGUGGCGAUAGUUCGACUGGCCAAAACCAGUCUUCAUCAGGUUUAUUGAGAUAUCACGAAUUCACAGAAAUAUAUAUGAAGUAAAAUUAUGACCGGAAAUUACAUAAUAUGACGUGGUAUGGUGGCUACUUUAAAAGACGAGAUAACAUAAAAAUAAAAGAUAUACUAUAUAUAGUUACAGUUCAUCACGUUUAUUGAUGCCCAGAGGUUUAAUUGUCUUAGCUUUAUGGAUAAGGUGGGCUUCACGUGCUUUCCUGAAAGAAUCACGCCCAUUUUUAAGUUUUUCAAUAGGAAUCAAAAGCAUAUGAUUGUCGGAAUGAUUACUGGUCAGAAGGUGUUCUGAAAUUGCAUUAUGGAUGUAAUUACCAGUAGGGUUGAGUAUAGGUCGUCUACGUUCAUUAAAACGGUCUUUGAGGCGACGUUUAGUUUCUCCAAUAUAUUGUAGAUUACACAGGCGACAUUGAAUCAAAUAGAUAACAUUAAAAGUUUCACAAGUGAUAUGAGAUUUGAUGUGGUGGGUGUCACCUGUAGAAUGAAAAGUGUAAUCGCGGCUGCGACAAAACCUUUCUCAAGAUCCAAAUACCACGAGCUUCCGACAUUCUUCGCACUGAAGCACUUACAAACAAACCCAAGACUUAGACUGAAACCUGCUAAAGUCUUCUUGACUGUAACGUUUUCAGUUUGAUUUAUUUUGACUGAUCACGAUCUUUCUGGAUCCGACGUUGAACAAGACUGAUCGUACUCGGUAUUUGCAGUGUUUUUUUUUAAGCAUUUCGCUACAGUUGGUGAUUUUUUAGCGCUUUUGUCAUCUAAUCGCCUUUAUGUAUACUUUUGCAUCUUCAAGAUCAUUUUAAGAUUUUAAAAAGUGUUAAAACACCAUUUUUAAAACUCAAUAUCCAAGGCAUGUAGUUUUAACAUCAUUUUUAGAAUUUAACAUAAUCACCUAAGUAAUAAUUUAAAAAAAUGUUAUGUUUCUUGAUAUUAUCAGUUGCAGUUCAUGGUGUUCCUAAAAAUAUACUAGACUUUGUGUAUUUUUUGAUAAUAAUAUUUUCGUUUAAUCCAGUUCAAAGUGUAAUCCCAAAUUAAUGUCAUGUGGGCAAGUGAGGAUUAUUAUAGUGAAGUUUAAAUUAUGUUGUGCAGUUUGCACGAUCCAUAGUUCUAGGAUAUCAUUCCAUUCCGAAAAGUUAAAUGGGGGUCAUUUUGGGGUCGACGUGAAGAGAAAUGGGGAUCAUUUCGGGGUCGAUUUGGGGAUCAUUUAAAGGUUGGGGAUCAUUUCGGGGUCGGGAUCAUUUCGGGGGCUGUACAGAUCCUCUACUGUUGGGAGAUCUACAAUUACAUCCAUCGAAAUUAAGUCGAAGCCUCUGUAACCGCAGGUUUCGUUCCUCCUCAGUUUCAUUAUUCAAUCGGUGCGCCUGGGCAGUUUCACGUCGUUGCAAGCGAUGCUCGCGUCGUUGAGGGGUUAGGAUACAUAAUGGCCCUACAUUUAUUUAGAUUAUUCAAAUUUAAUCUACGCCUACCUUGCCUUUCUCUGUCCCUCAGUUUCUUGCUGACGACGCUGUCUUUGCUGGGCUAAGCGAUGUUCUCGCUGCUCCGAGGUUUCUUGGGCUCGUCUUCGCUGUUCGCGCUGGAUUUCGAACGUUAGAACUUUCUUGUGUGAGGCGUUGCCUGAAAAAAUAGUCGCGAUUCCCAAUGGUUGAGAGAUGAUGAACAAAGACGAGAGCAUUUCAUGAAUAAAACAUGAUAGUGCACCACAGCAUUUCCCAUCAUUCGUACUUGAAUUUAAGUGUUGCCUGGUAACCCUAAAAUGCACCCUGACGUCACACUGGAUGACGUGAACUGCGGAAACCCAAGAGAUAUGCAUUGGCAUUGAAACAGUGGCAACUCGGGUUUUUGCCUCGCUGUGCGAUCAUCGUGCAAUGCGCGCGCGACAUAAAAAUAAAAAAAACAUCCCCGUUCGAGUUGUCGAUUAGCCAGAGUACUGUUUAUUAAGUUGUGUCAUAGAAGAAAUCAUCUUUUUUGGUGACCUUUUCCCCAACUGUCGUAUUUCGGUCUUGCUCAGUGUGUAUUAAAAGCUGUAAAGUGAAUAGGUGACAAGAGCGCUUAGGAACGACCUUCAAAAAUGCUACCGCACAAGCGAGGGUUCUCUGAUCUCACAUCAUGAUCAAUAACGCUCUUUUUAAAGAAACUAUUUUAUGUACGCAUUUUUGCCUCUCUCCUCCGCAUAGGCUCCCGCUUGGUAACCCCAAUCCCUUUUCUUUCUACCCAGCCACCCUACAGCAUAAAAGAGGCCCCUGCGGAGAGGAGAACACAAGUUACUUUAUUAGAAAACAAACGCAGGGAAUGACUUAUAAGGAUGAGUUAAUCCUGGCUAUUGAAUAAAGGAGAAUACACUGGUAACCAUUCUUUGUUUCUCUUCAGGCACAUCGGUGAUUUGGGAAAUCUAUUUUCAGACGUAAACGGUCGAAUAAGUAAACAGUUUAUGGAUGAGAAGGUCUCCCUUUUUGGACCUUUUUCUGUCAUUGGAAGAGCAUUUGUGGUAAGAUCAAAACAAGUACAGUUAGAUGUUCCUGCCUUGGGCUUAGGGAGGGUGAUUGCGAGAGACGCGAACCACGCAGGGAGCUGUGGUAAGGGAGCCCUCAAUCACUCGCUGCUUACUCUUCGGGUGCCAAAACCAUUCUAUCUCACUUCAGAAACAAAAAUAACUACUGGGUUUAAGUGUCCUUUGGGCUAAAAGGUUUUUAUUAUUUUAUAGAUUCAUCAAAAGAGAGAUGAUCUGGGACGCGGCACUGGCCCUGCGAGGAAAGAGAGCUUGAUAACAGGGAAUGCAGGCGCACGCUUGGGAUGCGGUGUUAUCUGCCACGCGGCUUGCAACAUUAGUCCACCUGGUUGCGCACUUUAUAACAAUUAAUGAUACACACGUGAUCACUUUUUAAAUUUAAUUUAUUGCCUAUGAAAAUACUAGUAGUGGGUAACUGUAACAACUUGAAAAAUCCUGUUAUUAUUACCGUUCCUUUCCAAGUGAUGUGAUUUGACAUUGAGAGUUGACCGAAGAAUAAAAGGUCAAGAGUAAGAGUUACGUCUUUC